AAAUAUCAUAAUUCCCCUUAUCCUAAUUUCCAAAAAUUAUGGAAUCCAUUGCUUCUACUUCUUCCAACCACCACCAUCGUCGUCACCGUAGUCUAACGCCAACUCAACCCCUCGCCGAUAGAAUAUUCCGAGCACUCAGCCACCAUCUCCGCCUCCUCCACCGUCGCGACGCAACUUUUUACGUGUUAGGUGCUACAUGUAAUGUCUACAUUGUGACUAUCUCCACCACCCCGUCAUGUACCUGCCCUGAUCGUACCACCCCAUGCAAACACAUAUUAUUUGUGCUCAUUAGGGUAUUGAGCGUAUCGAUUGAUGACACGUGUCUCUAUCGACGACGUCUACGGCCAUGUCAUCUUCAACGUCUUCUUAGUUUACCAAUUUCAACAGAAGCAUUAGCAACUCAAAAUGUACGUGAAAUGUUUCAUCAAUUGUCUUCUCAACAACCUAAGACGAGUUCAUCUGUAACAAUAAAGGUCGAAAAUGGGACGACGUGUCCGGUGUGUUUGGAAGAGAUGAAUGAAGAAGAAAAAAUAGCAGCUUGUGUUACAUGUAGAAACCCUAUACAUGAAGAAUGUUUGAUGGCAUGGAAGAGAAGUAAUAAUAGAAGAAAAUCAAUUAAUUGUGUACUUUGUCGUGCAAGAUGGAGAGAUGUGAGAAAUGAAUUAGAUGGAGAUAAUAAUAAGUAUUUGAAUUUAUCUCCAUAUAUUAUUAGUAAUAACGCGGAUAAUGAAACGGGUGAAAAUCAUCAAAAUCAUUGUAGGGAUAAUUAAUCGGGAGUACCCGGAAGUUCAAAGAAUGGUUGUAAAUCGAUUUGUUUAUUCUGUGUUGUGCAGACUUUUCAAAAAUGUUGUCGUGCAUCUGUAGUUGAAUUCUCUAAAAGUAAUGAUAUUUGGCUAUCGUGAGACAACAUUCUUGAA